AUGUUAACUCACACACUUCAGUUUGUUAGCUCCCAUAACCAGUGGUCGAGUGACAAGAACCCAUUUGUAGGGCUGUCAGAUGAACAGCUUGGGCAGCUUGAAGAUGUACUGUCCAGUGAGGAGGUGAAGAAGCUCCUACAGACCACAGACCUUGAGACCCUUGAACACAGCUUGAUAUCCAACAUGGCCGCCGAGGGGUCCAGUGCACCAGUACAUAAAGUGGACACAUUAAACUCAUCUGAUGACUCACUCAAGCUGGACAUAUUUGGUGGACAGAACGUCAUGGAUGAGGCCUCUGCUCAUCAACUAAUAAGGGACAGUGUCCGGGAACAUGAAUUAGCAGUAGUAGCUGCUGCCUUUAACGAUCAUGCAUACGCUUGUCAACCUCCCAAACCACAACCGUCCAUCUCAAAGGUGACCGAGGCGUAUACCCCUGAUGACACCCCCGACACCCCUCCUGAGGCCCCUCCUCCUGCUGUCCCCAGCAUCAGUGCAGUGGCAGUCUCCUCCCUGUCUCCGGCAGUCCAGCAGGCUGAUGUGGGGGUGGGGGCAGACCUUGACAGCGAUGUGGAGAAGACAGAAGAAGAUAGUAUGGUGGAGGAUGAAGUGAAGGAAGUAAAGAGAGGAAGAAAGAAGAAAACAGAGGAUGCUUCACCACAACCAUCCAGACGUUCCAGUCGAAUCAGUGACCAUGAGCAGCGAGUAAAGGCUGAGCAGAUACGCCAGGAGAACCGGCGCCUAGUGAAGGAGGUCCAGGAGGGGAAGCAGAAAGGGGGUACACAGCCCGGAGAUCAGGGGGACACCACUCCCACAGACAUCACGCCCACAGACACCAACAAUGACGUCAGCAAGCCGAGUCCAAGUCCCAAAAAAGUUACGAAAGAAGAUGAGGGUGAAGACGAGGAAGCUGAGGAGGAUUCAGGCGGAAGGACGCCCCCUGCAGACAACCCAGCUCAGAGACGGAGGGGGCGUCCACAAACACUUAGCAGUAGGAUCAUCACACGCAGGGUUGGACGAGGAGCCACCACCAAGACGGAAGAGAGUGAACCGGAAGAGGAACCAGUUCAAGUCACACCGACCAGAGGUCGUGGCCGGGGGAGAGGGAGGGGCAGGGGACGAGGAAGAGGCAGGGGGCGUGGCAGGGGUCAAAGUCAAAAUCAGGAAGAAACCCAGGUUGAAGAGCCUAAACCAGGACGGGGGAAGAGAGGUCGAGGUGCAGGAAAGCUGGCAGAGGAUGUUGGUGAAGAAGAAGAAGAGACAACGCCACGUAGAGGAGGGCGGAGGAAAGUCAAAGACAAAACGGAAGAAGUUACAGAGAAGGAAGAUAAUAACACGCCAGUUAGGGGAAAAAAAGGGAAGAAGAAAGCAGCCAAGCAACAAGAAGAAGAGUCUGUAGAAGAUGCGGCUAGUCAAGAAGAAAGUAAACAAGAAGAAAUUGGGGAAGAGGAGAAAGUAAAGGAAACAAAAGGGAGAAGAGGAAGGAAGGCAGCAGUGAAGGAUAUUGAGGUGCAAGCUGAUAUUGAAGAAGCGCCAGAGAAGGUGGAAACUCCAAGGAAGACCAGGAAAGGGAAAGGGAAGGGAAAGAAGGAGGUUGUGAAAACUGAGGAAGAGGUUACUCCUAAAGGAAAGAGAAAGGGAACAAAAGGUGCUGCGUCUAAAAAUGCUUCUCCUGCAGUGAAGGGUGAAGAAAAACCUGAAGAACCUCCAGAAUCAGAAGAAGGUAAGGAAGAGAAACAGAUUGUGGUUGAUAGCAUAGUGAAGGACGAAGAAGAGCAGAGUAAGGAUGAAGCUGUUAAUGAGAAGGAAAAGAAGGAAAAGCGAGACUCCAUCAAUGAUGAUAUCAAGGAAAUAUUCGGAAGUGAUGAGGAGGACAUGCAGUCUGAAGACGAUGAGAAGAAGGAGGUGGAGGAAGAAGGGGAAGGAGAGAAAAAGGAGGAGAAGGUCAAGAAGAAGAAGAGAAAAAAGAGGAAGGAGUCCGAAGAAGGGGGAAAGCCUAAGAGGAAGAAGAGUCGUGAGGACAGCAAGGAUUCUGUGAAGCGAGAAAGGCGAGACAGCAAGAAGAGUGAAAAGGAUUCCGAUGAGGAGAUAACGCCACAGAAAGGAAAGAAAGAUAAAAAGGACCAGAAGGGGGAAGAGGGUAAACACUCGAAGAAGAGUAGGGGAACGAAGGAGGAAGACCUUGAUAUUGAUAUGUCUGAAUUUGGCCGCUACCCAUCCAAGAACCCUGACAGUAGUCACAAGGCCCAGCGGCGCAAGUCACACAAGCUGUCCGAGACCGAAGUAUUCCUGGAUCCAACAAUGACUGAUUUGUUCAAACCAGAUGCUCUCAUUCGACACGAAGGUGCUGUAAAGAAGGAAGACCUUGAAAAGAAAGAUGAUCAGGAACUUGAAGAUGGGUCAAAGGUCAAAGAGGCGAAUGAGGUCAAAACAGAAGAGGUUAAGGACGUUGUCACUGAAGUUGGUACAGAAGAUGGUAAAGAGACAGUACAGAUGGAAGUAACGCCUGUGAAAGAGGAAACUAAAUCUGAACCUAAAACUGAAGAAGUAAUGGCUGGUGAAAGUUCAGAGGUUACGAAGGCCGAAGGUGAAAGUUCAGUGGAUCCCAGCAGCAGUGUUAAAACAGAAGGGUCAGGGUCAGAAGUGAAGGUCAAACACAGACGUCGCACAGACAGCGAGAAGAGCGACAAGCAGAGAGUCAAGAAGAGAGAACGGAGGAAGAAAUUGUUUGGAACAGACAUUGAUGGUGGAAGUGAUAGUGAAGGAGGGAACUUGAGCUAUGAAGAUGAUGAGAAUGACUCGGACUGGGACCCUAGCACCGACCCCAACACUCUCUACUGUAUCUGUAGGAAGCCACAUGGGAAGAGGUUCAUGAUCUGCUGCGACAUGUGUGGGGAGUGGUUCCAUGGUAGCUGUGUUGGCAUCAGCAAGGAGCAGGGCAAGGAGAUGGAGAAGAAGAACGAGGAGUACAAGUGUUCAUCCUGCAUAGAAAAAGCUAAAAUAGCAGCAAAAGCAGGCGUAAAAAAGAAACCUGAAGGGAAGGUGGUGGAGACCUCCAAACCUGUUGGGAAACCUAGCACCUCCACACCUAACAAGGAAUUGGUUGACAAGAAGAAGGGACACAAGAAACCAUCGGGUUCUGUAAAGUUUGUGAAGUGUGUGCGGAUGGACUGUCGGCGCGAGGCUCGGCCAGGCUCUGUGUACUGUAGUGACGAAUGUAUCCAGCACCAUGCACGCGAGUCACUCCGGCUGCUGAGGAAGGAGAGGGAUAGAAAUGCAGGCAGGCCUGACUAUGUGAAGUCUCCAGUUCGGCCUGGGCAGGAAAAGGUUGUGGUGUUGGAGCGACGUACAGGUCGCCUUCUCAUGGGGAACAACGCGCCGACAGAACACAACCUGGAGAUGUGGCUAUCGGACCAUCAAACAUUUGAGGUUCUCCGUCCGGGAGUGAUGGCCAGCAAGUUCUACGGAAGAAAGAAGAGAGAGGGAGAAAAACAGCGAAGGAAGAGAGAAAAGGAGAGAGAACAGCAAAAGAGGGAAGAAGCUUUGAGGAAAGUUCGCAGUGAUGGCCCUGAUCCAGUUCGCAUCAAUGUGAGGAAGGCACUCCGAGAUGCUCUGCAGGGCAGAGCCGAGGAUGCGGAUGACAUCAUGCUAUCCAACAGUGAAAUCAAACAGCUGGCUGUUGCUGUGGAGGAAGAACUGUUCAAGUGUUACCAGGACACCUCUGGCCACAAGUACCGCAAUAAGUACCGCACUCUCAUCUUCAACAUCCGCGACCCCAAGAACAAGGGAUUGUUCCGUAAGAUCCUCACUGGUCAGAUCAAGCCCAACCGUCUGGUACAUAUGUCCACGGAGGAACUGGCAUCGAAGGAGCUGUCUCUGUGGAGAGAGAAUGAGACCAAACAUACGUUGGAGAUGAUCAAAACUGCUGAGAAGGAGGCGCAGAAGGAGCCAGUUCACAUCCGCAAGAAGACCCACAAGGGAGAGGUGGAGUUGGACGAGGAUCUGAGCACACUGGUGUCAAAUGAGGUGAAGCCUGAGAAGAGUGAGAGUGAUGCAAAGAAGGAGACUGAAGACAAGGAUCUGACGACUCAAGAAAACCCUGCCAUUGACACCACUGACCAGCACCGCAACCACCUGUUUGAUCUCAACUGUAAGGUGUGCACUGGCAAGGUGCCGCCUCCUGCAGGCGACUCAGCCGUCAAGAAGCUGAAGGUUGCCCACAAGGUCAUGGGAGAGGGUGGCAAGAAGGUGGAGAAGCCAACCAAUAAGCAGGAAGACCUCUCUAAUGCUGAGGAGGUUGUAAAGGAGGUGCUAAGAGCCAUCCGUCAGAGUAAGACUGACUCCCCAGCCCCCUCCACAUACUCCGGCGCCAAGGAUGUGACUGUCAGGUCCCCUGACUCUGCCCUGUCCUCGGGCCUUGAGUCCAAGGCCAAGUUCAAGCCUGCUGGACCCAGUCUGUGGAAGGGAUUGAUCUCCAAUGAAGACUUUAACAAGUUCUCCACAUCGGCCUACCGGGUGUCUGGCCCCACAGAGUCAGUGGAGUUCCCUGACCUGAUACACAUAUGUGGGCGAAUUGGACCUGACCAGAUGUGGGACUACCUGGAGCGUGUCCAACAGAGUGGGUCAAGGGACAUCUGUGUGGUGAGGUUUGUGCCAGGCAGUGACACUGAGAAGAUGGCCUACAUCCACCUCUACUCCUAUCUCAAUGGACUGAGUCGAUGUGGUGUGGUCUCAAACACAGCCAAGCAGGUGAAGGAUUUCUACCUGGUCCCCCUGGCCUCCCACAGCCGUAUCCCACGAAUACUCCUGCCCUUUGAUGGGCCAGGUUUGGAAGAGAAUCGACCCCACAUGAUUCUGGGAAUCAUUGUGGUGACAAAAACAAAACGCCCCAUUGAUGUCUCCACACACCUAGUUCCGUCAAAGAAGGCAAAAGUCACCUUGAACCCUAAUGAUCCACGGAGCAAAAACUACAGACCACAGGGCCUGAAGCCUCUAGAGAAAGCCUUCACACCACCUCUGAAACCUGUGCCCACCUACAAACCCAUGCCCAAGAAGCUUAUCGAGCUGUCCAGGUCUUCGUCAUCAUCUUCUUCAUCCUCCCCCUCGGGUGACUUGAGUCAGACAACUGCAACGCUGCAAGACCCCAUCGUGAAGGCCUAUGCCUCCACCAAGUCUAGUCAGAUGGAAGAGGAAGAAGACAGCAUGGCUCCAUACUCACCAGGUGGAAUGGACGAUGAUGGCGAUGAUGAUGCUUAUGAUCCUGCUGAUAACAGUCACAUCAUUAAGUUGACUUCGACAACAAUUGUUACAACAACCGCCACCUCUGCUCCCAUCUCCACCCAGUCUGGAAGUAACGUCCCCAAGGUGACCUCUGGACCACCAGCAGGGGUGUCUGCAACUAUUCCUCUCCCGAUCCCAGUGUCUCCUGUACCUGUCCCAGUGCCCCCAGUCACUGCGACCCCUCUGUUGCCAACACCACCUCCAGCAGCUGUUCCCGUGCCAGUUUGUGUGUCCGAUUCCACUGCAUCCCAAGUGUAUUCCGUCCCCGCAGCUCAGCCUGCUUCAUCCCAAGGGACAGCUAAAUCUCUGUCUCAGACUGACACACUCAAAGGUAUUAAUGUAGACUCGAUGAUCUCUAAAGUUGCCAAAAGUAAUAAUCCUGCAGAGAUCACUGCAUUUAUGGUAGCUGCCUUGGCUUCAGCAACAGAUGCCACCAACCAGCAGAAGCUGCUUGUGGAGCUGACCCAAAAAGUUGAGGAGCAGAGGAAAGCACUUCAAGGCCAGCAAGCAUCUAACUUGUCUGUGAAGGGCCUCGCUCAGGCAGUGGCAAGCACAGCAGCAGAAGCAGCAGCAUCUACUGCAUCAGUAGCAACCGUAACAACUGCAGCACCAUCAUUAUUGCCUCCACCAACAGUGGUACCUCCAGUGUCUGUGUCUGAAUCCAAGUCAGCAGUGUCUGUGGCUGAAUCUGUGGCCAGCAGUUCUGGGUCUGAGGCUUUAACAGUAGACUCUCCGAAACCACCGGAAAAGAAAUCUAAGGAGUCUGAUAAAGAUAAACAUUCCUCAUCCAGUAGUAGAAAAUCUUCUAGUUCCGAUAGUAGGAAAAGUGAUAGAGACAGAAGGGAUUCUGAUAGUAGGCGAAGUGAUCGGAGAUCAUCAAGUGUUGAAAGGUCACGGGAUCGGAGAAGUGGAGAUAGACAUAGAAGGAGCCGGGACAGGAGUCGAGAUCGGGAUAGACACCGUCACAGAGGAAGGUCUUCAGAUAGACAUCACAGUCACAGAGAUCGAUCCCGGGAGCGACGAAGAGAUCGAUCAGACAUCCGAAGGAGCCGAGAUAAGAGUAGAGAUAGGAGUCGGGACAAGAGUCAGGACAAGAGUCGGGACAGAAGUCCUGACAGAAGUCGGGACAGGAGUCGGGACAGGAGCAGAGAAAAGUCUGAUAACAAGGUUUCCAAGGAUAGUCAAGGUAGUUCUGAGAGUAGACGAAAGGCAGAGGUUCCCCAGACCUCAGACAAGACAAGUGAUACAACACCUAAACCAUCAAAGACAAACUCUAGUGAAACAUCUGACACAGGUGCUAGUAGUCAGUUGCCAGAAACAGGCAAGGACACAAGUGAUGAGGCAGCAAAGGCCAGUAGCAACACUGAGUCAAGUUCAGCUGUGGCUCAGGGGGAACCAACUCCCAACAUUCCUGUUGCCCUUCAGGCCUUGAUCAAUGAUGUGAUGGGCAGAGUGCCUGCUGCUCCUAAGGUAGAGGAUCCUCCUCCAGUGGUGUCAAAAACAACAGAAAAGCAAACCAGUGAGGAAAAGGAGGAAAAGAAGCCUGAGAAACAGGACAAAGAAACUCAUGAUAAUAAGUCGGAGAACGUUAUUCCAGGAUUUGGUGCAGCUGAUGAAUCGGCAGAGACAAAACCCAAAAAUAUUUUCAGUGAUAUAAUCGAGAAGCACAAAGAUGAUAAGCCUGUGUUGUCCUCGUCAGUGUCAGAUGAGGUGGAGCAGCUGGAGCUGUCGAGAAGUGACCUGGACAUGCGAGUUCAACCCAUUCCUUCUGGAGGCGACACAGACAUGAGAGUACAGGGUGAUGUGGAUUUACGGAUUAAGCCCAGUAUUUCUAUCCUGUCUUCUAUGGCAACAUCCAAGCCUAGUGUGUUAGAGCGGCACAGAGACAUUGAUGAACGCAUCCUGCCAUCAGGUCCUCCUAUGGAUAAGGAUGAGCGGAUUGCACCUCCUCGACUCACUCCCCAGCAGCAGUGGGGUCCUGGAAACCAGGGCUCUGGAGUUGAUGACCCUCCUUCACUGUUCCCUUCAUCCCAAGGCUUCCAAGGCCCCCACUUCACAGGACCAUCUCAACAGUUUCCAGGUCAACAACAAGGCUUCCCAGCUCCAUCUGAGUUCCUAGGACCACCUAAACUAGACUUUGAGGGCCCCCCUAGGCCUGGUCUCCUUGCUGGUGAAGAUGUUGAUCAUCGUAUGAUGGCAUGGCCAGGAAAAGGACCACCACCACCAGGACCCAUAGCAACAUGGCCUGGUUCAGGAAGUGAUGGGAACUUUGGUGGGGAGGAUGUUGACCUGAGGCAGAAAGACAGUAGUGGUCCUGGACUGUUGCGGCCUCCUCCUAUGCCCACGUCAUCACUGCUGGAAAGCAAGAAUCACCCUUCCUCUUCAAGCGAGCCUCCACAGGAGAAGAAGAGACCUCUGCAUGGUGUCGGGGAGGAACCACAGGACAAACGACCUCGUCCUCAUUCUCAAGGGUUGAUGCAUCAAAGUCAACCUGGAAUGCCAUUCCUGUCUCCUCCACCUUUCCCCCCACAAUCUACCCCCCAGAUGCCACCCCCUCAGGGACAUGAACAGUCACGUGACUAUGAUGGGGGUUCCUCCUCUCGUUGGAGUGAGCAUAGGGAAGACCGAGAUCGUCAUUGGCACCGAGAUGACAGAUCCAGUCGACACCAUCGCUCGAGUGAUCUCCAUAGAGAUAGAGAUAGAGAUAGGAGACAUUAUCACAGGGACAGCCGAAGAUGAAGUGUGUCACAGUUAUGUGUUGGAUAGAGAAAAUGUGUUCAAGGAGAUUGCAGAUUGUGGUUAGUUACAAAGAAUGUUGUGGAUUUCAAAGAUGAAGAAAUGUUCAGGUUUUAUAGUGAAUGAGACAUUUGAAAUACAUAGAAAUCCAGUAUUGAGGGCAGUGUUAGGAGACACAUGGAUCAGAUUUGUGAGGCAGUAUUAGCUGACAAUACAAGCAAUCCGACAGUGUGGCAGACACACAGAUCGGUGAAGCAGGAUCUGUUAUUGUUUUGAACAGAGCCCAAUGGACAAUAGCUAGUCACCAUCACAAGUUGCAUUUCUGAAACCCUUCCCAAAUCACUAGUGAGGAAUUGCUAUGUACUAGAUGAUAUUGUAUAGAUAAUCAAGGGAAAGACUUUCCUCAUUUCAACUGUUCAUCAACAAGAAACGUGUACAUAAUCAUAUUCUUCAUAGCAACAUCUUUAAACAUUAUCAGAGUAUCUUUGUGUUAACAUACAAAGUAGUGUAUAUUUUCCAAGCCUUGUCUUAGCAAUGAUGCUAAAAAUAUUUUCCUGCACAUUAUCAGUCUAGGAACAUUUCAUGCAGUAUCUAUUAUAUAUAUAUGUACAUUUGUCACCUACAAGAUGGGUAAACAUAGAUACAAACAUCUGGCACAGUGCUCAUGGAAGUGGUAUCCCAAAGUUAUGAUCACAUAUGGAAGAGCAUCACCUUCAGAGCUUUUGAUUGAGCAUUUGUGUAAUUAUGUAAUUAUGUCUUUUAUAAGAAUAAUCAUGAUAAUUACUAAUUGUUUCAUACCUGUGUAUAUGAAGUAGUUUUUUCUGUACAUAUUACGUCUCAUCCAAUUCAUGGAAAGGACGCAAUAGGUCACACAGUGUGAUUAUUUGUGGACUGUGAAAACUUGGGAAUAAUUUUCAUUUAAGAUGUUGAAACCUCUCCUUGAAUGAACGCUCUGUUAUUUGAGCGUGCUAAACAGUCUUGGUUUUCAAGGGCAUUUAUUUUUGAUGAAUGAUGUUAUGCAAACUUGUACAUCUUAUUUUGGUACUGAAUUUGGGGAAAUGUACAGUGGAAUGAUAUUUAAGAGGAUCUUUGCAUAAACAGAUAGGUGAUUUUAGUAUAGUUGCCUUGGGCAAAAUCAAAUCAAAUAGAUUUAGAUAGUCUCUAUUUGAGGUUUAAAUCAAAAGGUAAUUGCUUGCAUUUAUUGGUGUAUUAUCAACAAAGGUAGUUGAAAAUUAAUUCCAACGUAUGAAAGGCAUUGUUACGACUGUCAUGAAUUGAUUCAUUAGCUGUGAAUUUUUAUGAUUUUAAACUGAGAAACUUAUUUUAAUUUGGUGAUCUACACAUGACAAAGUUUGGGAAUCAAAACUGUAUUUUUAAGUCUUAGCUCACCUCAAGUAUUGGGUGAAAACAAGCACAUUACAUGGCAUAUUGUUGUCAAUAAUGUUUACCUUGAAAUGGGAUAUUUCUGAAUUGUUCUGGAAAGAAGACAUAGUGUUGAAAAUGUCUGUGUGUGAUGUGUUAUUUUGCCUGAGUGGUUUGGUGUUUUCAUGUAGACACAAUCACAGAAGUUUCAGUUCUGUACAAUCAUGAUGACCCUGGAACUGUCAACAGCUGUUAACAAUCAUGAUAAUCACUGUCUGUGCAGCUGUGUACAACUGUGAUCACAGAACUGUCUGCACAGCCCAGAUGUGUACAAUCUUCUGUGAUCACGGAAGUACUGUCUGUGCAUCUGUGUACAAUCG